UCCUGAGAGCAUUUUAAAAUUGCAAACAUUUGUUUUGAAUGUAAAAAUGUGCAAAAUGUCAAUAUAACGCACAAACUGCUCGCAGCAUGGCUUUUUAAAAUAAGAAAUGGAAGAGUUUAAACAAAAAUGAUAUUUUUUAAAUGUUUAGAAUGUCUAGUGGAUCAGAUAAUCUACUGUCUGUAAACUCAGACAGAUAUUUGUCAGACUUAUCAGAUAGCAGUAGAUUGUCAGAUGGUGAGAACAGGUUGGGGUUUGACAGAUCACCUUCCAGUGGUCAACGGUCAUAUGUACGGUCACCUCUUAGCUGUACACCUUCGGACCGGUCACCAGGCGGAAACUCAUUUGACCGGUCUACAGGCGGACAUUCAUUUGACCGGUCACCUGCCGGUCAUUCCUUUGACCUUCAAAAUAGUCGGGUCCUUCGGGAUUUUGCUUCCAGUGCCCCUGAAGACCACAAUACGCCUGAAUCCAUCUGUGCCAUGUCAAGGGAUAUAUCGGAGGAAAACGUGUCAGGGAGUACUGGCUAAAAAUUACGCUUACAGCCGCCAUCUUUGUUGCCCAGCAGCGACAAUAGUGUAUAGUGGUCAUUUUUUAAACUAAACAUUGAAAACAUAAAAUAUAUUCCAAUGUAGAAAUCUAAAAUCUAAGAAUAUUAAAUUA